GAUUCGACGUAUCAGCAACAUAGAUUGUUUGAUGAUCAUCCACAUACAAACCCCAUGGGUUGUAGAGUUGAUUUAUUCCAUUGCCAUAUCCAUUUCCUCCAGCCACAGUGAGACCAUUUUGUUGCCAUCGAGCAUUUGGAUGAAUGUGAAUGGAACUCCCACGUAAUGGAUGGACUGAAAUAGAGAGAAAGGAGAGGAUAAAAUGAUAAAGUAAGAGAGAAGAGAAAGAGAGACAGAGACUAUAGAGAGAAAAAAGUGAAAAGUUCAUUUGAAUUUUUAUAAAAAUCAACAUCAUUCGAAGUUUGGGCUCGUUUUCGAAUUUCUCUUCAUAGAAAUUUCAUGUGCAAGAAGAAAAAUAUUUUUGUUAAAUUCUGAACUUUGCAAGGAACGAUUGUUUAAUUUCAAACGUCUUAUUUAGUUGAAUGUUAUUGAUGACAACGUUUUCUGCCUAUAAUGAACUGUUUCUUUAUUUCUUUCGUAAAUUGAAACUUUUUCGUUCUUGGAUUCGAGCUCAAAUGGAGACUACUCCUACCCAAAAGACAAUAUUUCAACAUCGCUCAUAUUCAUAUAUUACUGAAAACGAGUUUUCGAUGAAAUGCAGACUUAUGCUUAGGAUCGACUUUCUAUCAAAGAAACAAUCGAGAAUGUUUUCGUUGAAAAUUCAAUACUUGUUAGAGAAUAACCAAAUCUAGAUCGUCCUACAAUACGUCAUUUACAGCACAAAAUAUCAAUUGCAACGUCUUAUUGAAACAUUCGAAUCAAAAAGUCAUCGUGUCUAAAGAAUUGCAUGUUAAUCUCUUUUUUCAAAUAGAUCUGCUCAACAAUUUGUCCCAUAGAGUGAACAUAUUUACGCUUCAAGAAAUCCUUAUAUCUUGUGUGUAUUUUGUUCGUGAAGUACUUUGAUUGAAGUGUUGUUUUUUAUAAACUAUCAUUGUGAAUGAAGUGGAGUAUAAGAAACUGAAUGUGAGUGGUUUUGUGUAUAUUGAAUAUGAGAGUGGAACUAGAUGUUUUCAGGAUCUGCCAUUUAUAUAUCUUAUAUAGAUGGACGAUCCUCCUUUUUCUUCUUCUUCUCUCUCUCUAGUCAGUUGUUCUGGUAUUAUUAUUGUUAUUGUUAUGUCGUUAUGAACAGUUUAGGUUCUUGUUAUAUCAACAUAUAAAAUAAAGAAAACGUAAGGAACCUAACAAUGGCGCACUAGCCGGUAUUGCUUUUAAACAAAAAAAAUUCCGCAUGGCAGGCAAUGCAAAUAUCAGACCAGUGACAACAUUCAUGAAUAUUAAAUCAACUCGGUCUACAACUGAUUUUACACAAACAACUAUUGAUUUAAACAAAAAUGAGAAACUCAGUCGCUAGGUCAUGAUUUAGAUGAUCGACGAUCAGCUGCAAAUGAUCAAAAAUAUCAAUCUUUAGUACGACAACAAUUAAAUUUAAUACAAAAAUUUGAUGGAUGUGGUAAUCCAAAACAUUGGUUAAAACGUAUUAUGGAAAAAUUUGAUUUAUUACAACUUACAUCUCUUGAACGUAAUGAAUUAAUUUCAGAGAUUUUAACUGGUGAUGCACUUAUUUGGUAUAUUGAACAACAAGAUGAUAUGUUCAACAUUAACUACAUUUAUGAAGACAUUUUUACAACAUUUUGA